AUGACUUCCCCAAGACCCGUCUUAUUGAUGCCUCCUGGGAGAAAUAAACUUAAACAUACUAUUAAAAAUAAGAGGAUUCAUUUCCAAUAUACUGAAGAAGCAUUGGCACAAGCUGUCCAGGCCAUAAGAACAGAAAAUAAAAGCGUCAGAGAGGCCUGCCGUCACUAUGGUGUCCCUCGCUCAACAGUUCAAAAUCGAAUUUCCGGCAGAUCUAAAGAACACCCUCGAAAAGUAGGUCCAGAGCCUAUACUAGGCAUUGAUCGUGAGCAAAAAGUUGUAGACUGGAUUACAGAAUUAGCCAAAUGUGGGAUUCCUGUGAAAGAGAAGAGAAAAAGAGGAGGUAAUGAUAAUGAAGGCUAUUCUUUGCUUACUAAUAGUUCAAUUCCUGAUAUUGGAUCUUACGUAUCAUUAAGUGAUAUUUCUGUUUUAAAAAUAACUGACAUAGAUUUUGAAGACUUAAAUACUAUACAAAUUAUACACCACGUUUGUAAAGGAGAUAAAGAGCAUUAUUUAGCACAGGAAUCGCUACCUAUUCAAAAUAAUAAUGUAGAAUUUACGUCAAAAGUUAUAGCAGUAGCUGAAGAUCACAAUAACCCAUCGUCUCCAAAAAAAUCGAUCCAUCAAAAAUGUAAUGACGUAAAUGCCAAAGAAAGUGAUAGUGAUAUUAUAAAUACCGAUAAAGAUAUAGAAAUCAUUAUUAAGAAGACUAAAGUAAUCGAAAAGACUGAUAAAUUGAAUAUUAUAAAGAAAGUUGAUAUAAAAGAAAUAAAUAAAAUAAGUGAAGAUAAGAUUGAUAAAGAAAUGUCUCAUAAAAGUGAAACAGCUAUAGAUGUAACUAAAACCAUUCCCAGCGAUGAAACUUUUAAGAGAUACGAUAUUUAUGAAGAAGAUGAGGAUGAUCACGAAUUUGAUAUUUUU